AUGAGCGAUAAAGAAUCCACACCAAGUCCAUCACCAUUAUCAUCAAAUAAUUCUCCACCUGUUGCCACAACAACUACCACAACAACAACAUUACCAAGUGGUCCUAAACAAGAUAAUACCAAGAGUUUUCUUGUCCAAUCAUCACCACUUGUUUCCUUCAUAUCGGGAGCAGUUUAUGGAUGUACCUCCAUUGCUGUAGGACAACCUCUCGAUACAAUUAAAACACUCAUGCAAUCUAGUGCUACUAUUAAUCAAAAUAAUGCAACAACAUUGGGUGUGAUUAAAUCAAUUUAUAAGAAGAAUGGUUUUAUGGGAUUUUAUCGUGGAUCUCUUCCACCUUUGUUUACUGCUUCAGUGUUGAGAAGUUUGCAAUUUGGUGGAUAUGCAAUGGCAUUACAAUAUAUUAUGGAAAAUAAUGUGUUUUCUGAUAAGGAUUUCAGAAAGGAAAAUUUACAUGUUUUGGAGGAGAAACCAUUUAGUUUGCAUCCUGAAAUGUUUGCUGCUGGCUGUUUUGGAGGUGCUGCUAGAGCCAUUGUUGAAACCCCUGUCGAAUAUAUGAAAGUCAGAUUCCAAACUGAACAACCUUGGAAAUUUACUGAAUUAUAUCGUGGAUUUACUGCAACACUGUUACGUAACAUGUUCCUUUUGGGCAGUUUCUUUGUUUUUGUUGACUUUUUCACUCAAGAAUAUAGAAAUUUACAAGUGAGACAACAUUUGAAAUCUCUUGCAUCUGAUGAAGAAAGAGAAAAGAGCAGAGGUCAAUAUUUCGAUUUUGCAAAAUUGAGUCCAUUCUUUACAGGUGGUGUUUGUGCAACUUUGGCUUGGUGGUUAGUUUUCCCAUUGGAUGUUAUUAAGAGUCAAAUUCAAGCUAUGAAACCUGAUGAACAAUUGGGCCUUAUGCAAAGAAUGAAACAUGUUUCAAACACUUUGGGCUUCAGAGGAUUUUUCAGAGGAAUUGUACCUGCUAGUGCUAGAUCCAUGUUGGCAAAUGGUGUUUCAAUGAUUGCCUUUGCUUAUGUUUCAUCUCAUCUCAUUCAAAAAUUGGAAAAGAAGGAAUAA